CUGCGCGGCCGGUGGUGGGGCGGGCCGUGCCCGGAGCCGAGCGGCCAUGGGCGGCGGGCGGUGAGUCUCGAGCCCCCUCCGCCGCUCCUCCGCCGCCAUGGAGGAGGAGAGCAUGGAGGAGGAGGAGGAGGCCAUGAUGGACGACCAGAACCACAACAACUGGGGCGCCGGCGGCGGCGGCGGGUACGGGCGGCACCUGCUGGGCCCCGCCGCCCCGCCGGUCGCUGGCCGCCUCCUGCGCGGCCCUGCCGCCGGGCCCCCCCCCGCCCCGCCGCUCCCGCCGCUGCCCGAGGCCAACGGCGUGCUGCGGGGCUGCGAGCCGCCGAGCAAGGGGGGAGCCGGGGCCAUCGCCGCCGCCAUCAACAUCAACGCCUCGACCUCCAAGUUCCUAAUGAAUGUUAUAACAAUUGAAGACUAUAAGAGCACAUAUUGGCCAAAGUUGGACAGUGCCAUAGAUCAGCUUUUAACUCAGAGUCCUGGUGACUACAUCCCUAUCUCCUAUGAACAAAUAUACAGUUGUGUGUAUAAGUGUGUAUGCCAGCAGCAUUCGGAACAGAUGUAUAGUGACCUAAUAAAAAAGAUAACUAACCACUUAGAGAGAGUCUCAAAGGAGCUGCAGGCCAGCCCUCCAGAUCUCUAUAUUGAAAGAUUUAACGUAGCUCUUGGACAGUAUAUGGGAGCAUUGCAGAGCAUUGUGCCUCUUUUCAUAUAUAUGAAUAAAUUUUACAUAGAAACCAAGCUUAACAGAGACUUAAAAGAUGACCUUAUAAAGCUGUUUACGGAACAUGUUGCAGAAAAGCACAUUUACAACCUAAUGCCUUUACUUUUGGAAGCUCAGUCAACACCCUUUCAAAUAACUCCUUCAACCAUGGCAAAUAUUGUGAAAGGCCUGUAUACACUACGACCAGAAUGGGUACAGAUGGCACCAGCUUUAUUUUCUAAAUUUAUCCCAAAUAUUCUACCACCUGCUGUGGAAUCUGAGCUUCAGGAAUAUGCUGCUCAAGACCAGAAGCUUCAAAGAGAGCUUAUGCAGAAUGGAUUUACUAGAGGUGACCAGUCACGCAAGAGGGCGGGAGAAGAGUUAACUUACAAUGGCUCAUCAGCUUGUGCAAGCUCCAGGGGGUACAGAUAGUGAAUAUACUGGAUCAGCUUCUAUUCCUAGCCAGAACAGACACUGGAGGAGCGCAGGUGGUAUCCGGAGCCUCCUUUGGCAACUGCUGAUACUCAAGCUCUGACACGAACUAUGGCUCAAAGAAGAGUUUUGGACUUUCUUCUUUAUAUAGUAAAAUGUCAGUUGCUGCUACAAUUGGGAUGACUUUGAAAGACACGAUUCCUUGGUCUAGCCUACCAACAAGUUCACGUUCUGCGAUUUUUCGUGAGGAAUGCACAUUGAAAAACAAUCCUUUCGAAGUGGAAACAGGCAGCCGAAAUCAGCAGCUUCCAAAAGCGUUAGAAUGGAAGAAUCUUUUUUGCACUCUUUUCUUAAUAUUAAGGACAUUCUUAAAACUAGUUAACACGUCAGUGUAUUAGUUUUUAAACUUCAAGGUAUUUUCUGGAGCUUUUACUUAAAUAAUAAGAAUAAAUUUUCAUUAUUUUGCAGUAUUUGUUCGUUAGUUUAAAAAUUGUCACCUUUUAAGAGUUGGUCCCAUAUAAAUGUAUCUUCUGUCAGGGAGUUUUAAAUUCCAGAUUUUUCUUUUAUCUCUUUUUUUGUUAUUUGGUAUUUUGAAAUCUGUUUUCCUGUGUGCUUGUACUCUGUGCCUUCAGCUUGUGCACUUUGCAACUUUAUAGACCAUAUUUUGCUACUGCAAAAUGUGUUCUCGAGGAAAAACUUGAUGUGAACAAACAUGCUGCAAAGUUGCACUCUUCUCUUGCAUUAUUGGGAGGUGAAUUUAAAGAGAAAGGAAGAAAAGUUGAACCUAUCACCAUCACUAAUAGUGACUUGGAAGUUUGUCCCCUUUUAUUUUUAAUAUAUAUUAGUGUUUAAUGCUGGGACCAACUCUUGUAGAACCCCUCUCAUUGACUUUUCUUUGGCUUCCAUAAUUGCAAUAGAUUGAGAUGUGAAUUCCAGACUGAAUGAAAUGCUAAGAUGUGUUUUAUGCUGUGCUAUGUAGAAGCAUUGUGGGCAAAAUUCUCCAGUCUAGUAGGUUUGCAAAGUGCAUCUCCCUCAGCACAAACCAGACUUGCACCCAGUUGAUCAGCGAACAAUGGUACCUGUCCAAGAUCACUUUUUGGCUCCUGUGCCAUUUCUCCCAUUUCGGGGAUGUGAUGGGGGUGUGAUAGUGGGUGUAGUCAGAAUCGGGGAGCUGAGGAGUGGUGUAAUGCAUGUGUGUGUACCCAUCGGCCUCCUCCGUCCAGUCUUGUGUAAACUCAGCUGGAGAUCCAGCUGAGCCCAGUUCCAGGAGAUCUGGACCUAUGGUCUAAAUCCUAAUGAUUGUGAAAUGGGUUUUAGUCUGUAGUAUGGCUAAUGCAAUUUUUUCAUGAGGGGAGAAACACACUUGAAAAAGCAGUUUGACUACAGCUUUGGUUUGUUUUAGUUUUUUGUUUUGUUUUUUUUUUUUUUUUUAUGUUACUAUGGAUUUAUUUUUUAUCACCUUCAGUUAUGAAGAGAAAUGAGUUGGUAAUAUAAAAUCUUUCUGAGUGAAACUAAAGUUUGUUCAGUUUUGUCUUGCACAACUCUUACGCCUGUUUGAAGAAAAAAAAAAAAAAAAAACAUACAAAAACCCAACACAACCCCCUUUAUGCUUGCAUGAGUUCAUUGCAAAAUGCAGGAAAAAGAUAAAUAGAUGCGGCAGGGACAAAGUUUCUUUUUGUUUUGUAUCCAGGCUUCAUGUAAAUUAAUUUAAUUCCAUCAGUUUCACAUCAGCCACUUUGGCAAUGCUUUUAGUUUGGAGGGUGGGAGGGAGGAAGAAUGAGUAGGACACUGCUGUGAUUGACAGAUUCGAAUCUGAUUUAUCUGUGUGUUUCUUUGCAUAUUUGCAAAGCCUAUGUCAUUUUGAGGAAGUUUUUCUUUUAAAAAUUAAUAGUUCAGUGUUUUGUUUUCUAUGUAGAACAAUGCAAGCAGUCUAAUCUCAUCCCCAGCAUUGAAAAACCAAACCACUCUGAGCAGGGCUUUUUCAUGUUGAUAGCGCUUGCUUCAACUUUGCUACCAGCUACUUAAGUUGAAGCAUAAUUAGAUAAAAACAGGGGUUUUGAAAAUUUUGCUGAAGUACGCAGUGGAGAAGUUUAAUGAAGGCCAAUAGGGAACAAAAAUGAUUUGCCAGCUUCCAUAUUUUUAUCAGUUUUGGCUUUAAACAAAAAUAAAACCUCUGAUAAUGUCCUUAGCUUUAAAAACCACUGUUUGCUGAAAUGACAAUAUUCUUGAGUUAAGAAUAGAUGCAUUAACCUAAUUUGGUUAAAGUUUGUUUACAACUCCGUUACUGUUCUAGUUCACAUAAUACAGUGGUCAAGCUCUCAUCUUUGUCAAGUAUCACAAUUUUUUUCUGUUUUUAAAGUGGUUUUACUGGUUCAAGUUUGUAAAUAACAUGUAGUGCUUUUGCUUCAUGUUUGAGGCAAGGGUUCAACAUCCAUUUUACGUUGCAUUAUGUUUGGGACACAAACUUCUAGAAUAACAAUUCCAUCAAAAGGUAGAGGAUUCCUGUCAGUGUGGUUCACUGAGUAGUGCUUGGAUGCUUCUCAGUCCUGUGUAGCAUUCUCACUUGGCCACCAUGCCUGAGAAAUCUGUUUGUUAAGCACUGUAUUAUGUUGUAAAUUUGGCAUUAAAAUUCUUGUAUGUUUUGGCAUUAUUAACAUAAUGCUGAAAUAUUGUUUAUCUGUCAAAGACGUUAUCAUUGUGACUAAGCAUGAAUUAGAAUACAGCAAUUAUACUAAAUUAUUUUGGUUUUCUGUAAACUUGCAUUUUAUUUACAGUAAAACUAACUCAGCUAACUUGAGCAUUGGUACUGUAAAGCCACAAUUACCAACAGCAUGAUCCUAACUGCAGUAUUUAAUUUAACCAAAUAACUUGUGGUAAAUCCAUUGCAUCUGUAGCUUACUCUGUUAAGAUUAAGCAGUAAAGUUGGUUAUACAAUGGAUGUCCUUUUUAUGUUGCACUGGUUCCAUAGCCAAACUUACUACAUUAAAAUAUUUUUAGAUUAACUUCAUUUCUUGUUUUGAGAAGUUGAAAUAUUUAAAUUCAUCCUGCUGACUACUGUAAUACUAGGCAAUUGUCAAUAUAUGGUCAAGAUGGUCUUCGAUACAAAUGAUGAAGUAGGGGUCUAACUAGGAAAGUACUCAAAUCUUCUACAGUUGGAUCUCCUUGAUACCUUUCUGGAGUUGUUGAGGAAGGAUUUGUGGAUGAAUACUCUGAAGCAAAAGUUUUUUUUACUCCCAUUUGGCAGAAAUAUGAUGAGCCAGAUUCAUUCCUUUUAAUUUUUCCCUAAUAUGAUUGUUUACUUUUACAGGUUUAAAAAAACAAAAACAACAACAAAAAAAACCAACAACAACAAAAAAAAACACAAAACAAAAAACCCAAACCAAUUAAGAAGCCAACCACCAAGGCCAUGUUCUGAGUGACUAAAAAAUAUUUCCAUGUAUGCUAUGACAACCCCAGUGAAAGGACUAUUCUGUAGAACUACGGAAUAAAAAACAACUGCUUGAA